AUGUUGGAAGAAGAAUUGUUCGAGAUGGCAGAAACUGCAACGAUGGUUUAUUUGGCGUGGUGUGUGUUGGAAAGCAUCAGCGACGAUGAUGACGACAGGGGAAAACCGCGUAGUACUUGGCAGAAGAAAUGGUUAAAUCGCAGGGAAAGGGAAGGGUUUUGUGCCAAGCUGCUCAUGGAAUUACGGGAAGAAGAGCCGGAACUAUAUCGGAAUGUAAUGCGCAUGUCGAGCAAACAGUUCGAUUAUUUGCUCAAUUUAGUGAAGCCACAUUUUGCAAUAGCCGAUACAAAAUUAAGGCAAAGUAUUUCAGCGGAAGCACGACUCGCACUCACUCUGCGUUACUUGGCCACCGGCGAGAGUUUUAAUUCCCUGCGACUGCUUUUCCGAAUAGCGCUACCAACUAUUUCUGCCAUUAUUCCAGAAGUCCUAGACGCCAUUAACAAGAUUCUUGUGGGUGAUUUUUUUAAGAAGCCUUUUCCAAAAAAUGAAGUCGAGUGGGAGGCGGUGGCAAAGCAGUUCUGGGACAAAUGGCAGUUUCCUCAUUGUAUUGGUGCUGUGGACGGAAAGCAUGUGGUUAUAAACGCACCACCUAACGCUGGAAGUAUUUAUUACAACUACAAAGGCACGCAUAGCAUUGUGUUGAUGGGAAUAGCGGAUGCGGAGUACAAAUUUUUGUACGUUGACGUCGGUCGAAACGGACGCUUUUCUGAUGGUGGUGUUUUCACCCGCUGCUCAUUCAGCCAAGACCUAAAUAGGAAUGACACGUCUCCUGCUCAAAUAUCCACUUAUGGUUCAUAG